UUUGCUUUUGAAAAAGAUAAACAAAAAUGGCGAUAUGAAUAGCGCCGGUGGGAAUGUGAUUUUUUAAUUGUUUUCACUUGAAUGUAAAACAAAUGUUUUUCAUUUAUAAUGUCAAAGCAAGGUAAAAGAAAAAUCACUGUCGAGCUACCGAAAUCAAAAGAUUUAGCCAACAGACCUAGUGUAUUUGACCGCCUCGGCACUAAGAAAUCUUCUAGUGUUAAAAAAACAACUGAACAUUGUAGACAGUGGGCUCAACACGGCAGUUGUGCUUAUGGCAAAAGCUGCAAGUUUGCCGCUACCCAUACAUUGAUCAGCCCGUCAAAGCAACGCGCAACUAACAAAGAAAGCGAGCAAAAACGCAUAAUCAAAGACGAUGGCAAGAACAGAUUACACUCGACUGUAGUCGUGCGGUCGGGUCGCAGUCCCGACGGUGAGAUUGACAACUGGGAUCAAAAUGACUUAGAGUAUGCAGACACGGACGUACUCGAAAAACGCAGACAACAACUACAACGGGAAUUAGAGCUGCAGAUGAAAAUGGAUUCAAGUAAAGACAUACGCAAAGAUAAAAAGAAAGCUGUGUCCAGUACGUCGUCAUCGAGAAGUUCCAGCUCAUCAAGUGUUUCAUCGUCGUCUUCGGAUGGUAGCUCUUCUUCUUCGUCUUCUGGAAGGGAAGCUAGACGGAAAGGUAAGAAAGGUAAACUGAAAAGAAAUUCGAGUUCUUCAUCCGAUGGUGAAGUGCCUUCUAAAAAGAAAUUUACAAAAAGUGAUGCAUUGAAAAGAGAAAAAAGUGAAGCAAGGAAAGGUAAUGUAAAGAAAGAUGAUAGACUCAUUAAGAAACAUGAUAGUGCCAAAAAGAAAUCAGUUUCUAAAACACCCAUUGGAAAGAAAUCACUUUCUCCAGGUAAAAAAUCCGGUGGUACACCACCUAUAACAUCAAAGAGUUUGGCAAAAACUACAUCUAAGCACAGUAAAUCCCCACAAAGAAGAGAAAGAAAUCGAAGUGCUUCACCUCAUUCAGUUAGAGAAAGGGACAAAGACAGGGACCGUAAUAAAGAUAAAGAGCGAGAUAAAGAAAAAGAAAAGGACAGAGAAAAAGAAAGAAACCGAGCCAGAAGCCGAACACCACGGAAAGGUAGAUCUAGAUCCCCUCGGCAACAUCUUAAAGAUCCCAGGAAAAAAGAAAGUUCAGAAAGAAGUAGACCAGUAUCUCCAAAAAAGCAAGCAAGACGAGAUGGCAGCUCAGACAGGCAUCGUAAAAGAUCUACUAGCCGAGAUAGGGAUAGAGGUCGUGAUCAUAAAGAUAGGUCUAUAGAAAGAAGAAAAGAUAAGCAUGACGACAAGGAUAGACAUGAAAGAAAAGAUAGGGGUCGGGACAGAAAAGAUAUUAAACGAGAUGAUAGUAAGAGAAGGGGUCGAGAUCGUGGCCUGGGUGGUAGAAGUGGUUCCGAUAAAGGCUUAGAGAAACCAAAUAAACCUAUGGAGCGUCUUCUUCCUAGGCCAGAAGAAAGACUUGCAGCCCUAGCAGCAAUAUCAAAUAGGGCACUAGAAACAGAUAAGAAUUCAUCUACUUCUAAAGACAGGCAAGAUACACAUUCUGAAAGAGGUACUCGUAAACAAGAUCGUAUUGAAAGAGACCGAUCUAGUAAAAGAGAUAGAAUGGAGAGCAUUGAUAGAGAGCAAGGAGACUAUGAAAUGGGAAUGGAUCGUCAGUAUGAUAAUGACCACAGUAUUGAUCAUUAUGACAGAGUAGAUGAUCGGUAUGAUGGGGUACCACGGGAUGAUGAGAGAUCACCAGGCUAUGGAGUACAGGGAAGAGAAAGACAUUAUGAGGCAGGUUAUGACAUGCCAGGGCCAUCAAGAGGUUACCCUGAAGAUGAUGACAGGAUGUAUGGUGAACAUGUGGGUGAUCAUCGAGGUGUAGAUAUGGGCUAUGAUGAUCGUCGUCCACACAGAGAUCACUCUUGGGAGGGCCGCUCAGGAUCGAUAGACCGUGAAAGAGCAUACAUGCAUCGUAAGGAAUGGGAGAAUGAAGAAUAUAGAUCUGCUGGCGAAUGGGGUCGAGAACGACAUUGGUCUAUGCAUGAGUCACAGAUGAAUGAAUGGGGUGAUAAAGAUCCCGAAAUAGAUGCUUGGCAUCACAGAGGGCAUGGCAACCCACAUCGUGGUCGAAUGCAUGAUGACUAUGGCAGAGGUGUGAGAAUGGACAUGAGCAGAGGUGACGGCAAAAGGCGCGGCAGAAACGAAUUAGAACCUAGUGCCAAGGAAACACCGCCUCCAGUGCAGGCAGCUUCCAUACCAAGUCGUCAAGAUAUUGAUAUUGACGAUAAACCUAUACCUGAUGAUCUCAGUGAAAUAAGUGACGAUCCCGAUGAUAUCCUUAACAGAGAAGACAUGGCUGACCAGAAUGCGGAUGAUGACAGUCAGAGUGCAUUACCUGCUGAUGAAGGUGCAUCCAAGCCAGAUGGGUCUGAGAAGGAAUCCACCCAGGAUACUAGUGGUGCAGGCGAGGAAAAGGAGUCGCAAGAUGUUAAAGAUGACGAAGAUGUUACUAAUUUAGAUUUUGAAGAAAUAUCUGAUGGUGAGCUUGAAGAAGAACGCACAAGAGCUGGAUUGGGUGAUGCUUUGGGAGUUGAUUGGGCUAGUUUGGUAGCCGAUGUCCGUCGUCGAGAGCAAACAACAUCGUCUGGUGGCGCUCGAGAUCGCUGGAGACCUGAAAGAGUUCUGGCACGCCUCGGUCUCUCUAUACAUAUGGCUGGCAAAGAUAUAGUUGAAAGUAUUAUGCAUAAAAAUGCAGAAUCUCUUUAUGAGGAAACUAAAUCCCAGGAAAAAAACUCUGAUGAUGCUGAACAAAAUAAUACAGCUGACCAAAAUGGUAGCCAUGAGGACGAAACUAUUAAGGCUAAAAUUAAUGUGUCACAAGAUGUGGACAUAUUGCAUCCAGUUGCUUCUAUCCAGGUUGCCAUGCAAAAACGGAAACGUCAAAGAGCUGUCCUAUUUGGGUCUGGUUGUGAAAUUACUCGGGGCCUGAGUGCUAGACGCGAUUUAGCUUUAAGGAGAUAUCUUUGUCACCUUCCAGCAUCAGAAAGAACUGGUCCAUCGCGUGUGACACCGCAACCUUCACUGUUUCAUGCGGCUCAAGCUUUACUCAUGCAAGCUCCAGUGUCAGGCUGACAAAAACUAUAAAUUAUGCAAUUUCAAAGAACUAUUACAAAAUUAUUGAAGUGUAAUAUAAUAAUAGGAAUUUUAAUGCAGUGUUGGUUACAAAGUGUUGCUAGUUUGAAACUCAAUUUUACUGUGAAAUGUUGCAGAAUAUUAUCGCAUUGUAAGAAUAAAAGUGAACACCUUGUGCUGUGGUUUGCUGUAUUCAUGAAACAUUUAUGUUGAAGUGUUGCUGUCUGGAAAUCAUACAUGGAGUAUGAGUUGGUUGAUUAGAUUGAGACUUGAGAAUUAUAAACACAGACUUUAUUUGAAGUUUUGUUAUUCAUCAUUUAUAAGUUUUAAUUGUUUUCCAAAAUGUAUACAUAGUUUUUUUUUCUCUUUAAUAAAAACGAUUUUUUUACAAUAA